CUAUAAAGAUCAUUCAAUGGUGGGCGCCAAGAUCCCUCUGGGAUCUCUUGUUACGGGAUUUUGACCACUCUGGAUAUGAACUAUAUGUUGUAUGUGCAAUAUUGGGGAUUAUUCAGACAACAACAAAAAUACUAAAUACAACAACAUCAUUUUGACAAUUUUGGACAUUGAACGUGAAAUUCUAAAUCGUAAUCCUACUGCUCGCGUAUUAUUUGGCACCAUUCCUCCAAAAGAUCUCCCAAAACUCGAUCAGAAAGUAUCCUCAUAAAUCAUGUUUGACUCCAUCAGCAGUAUGUGUAAGAUAUCAAAAGCAAUUUGAGGACUUUGUCAUGAAAUUGAACACUUUCAUUUGUAAUUUUAAUAACACACACACAAGAUCACACUUGGCCCUCCAUACAGAUCUUCGCAUCCACAGAUCACGUGGGAGGAUUUCACAAUUUUUCUUACUUUAAACUGUAUGAUGGCCUACACCCACGCCGCAGCCUGUUAACAGUAUGGCAGGAGAAAAAAGUCCAUGUGUGUCAGGGGCUAGUUCAAUAAAUUAACAUUUUGUGUUGUGUUUACUUAAUUAAGAGCUGACUAGUAAUUUUCAUAUAUAUAUUGUCGAAAGCCCACCGGCCGACAUUCUUGUACUAAUUAUUCAUUUAUUGACAUUAUUGAAUUUGUUCUUUGUGGACAUUUGUCGAAAGCCCACCGGCCGACAUAUAUUGAUUAUUUUGUGGACAUUUGUCGAAAGCCCACCGGCCGACUUAUAUAUUGUGUUUAUUUUGUGUCGAAAGCCCACCGGCCGACUGACAUAUUGUGAUUAUUUUGUGUCGAAAGCACACCGGCCGACAUUCUCAUGCUGGGUAUUGCCAUAACAUUAUUGUUAUAGUCUGUCGAAAGCCCACAGGCCGACAAAGUGCACUAUAUCAUGCUAUGAAUGUAACACCAGUGAGAGUGGCUGCGGACCCUGAUGAAACAUCUUUACAAAUUCUUUCGGAUAGCUUUUUGCAACUGAACACAAACUUUGUUACACCCUGUUAUAAUCAACACCAACCAACUAUACAUGAAAGUACUCCAAUACCACUUUUAAACUUGGAAUAUGAUAUUACUUUUCCAAGCCUUCCAGAAUUUUCUCUAGAUUCACUACAGCAUGAUUUAGAGUCAUGUACAGAUUCUACUGUAGAGUUUUCUAUAGAUUCAUUGAAUGUUAGGUCAGGUGAUCAUUUUACCACUGAGAUUGUCACCACCAACACUUCAUCAAUAACAAAUUCAGUAGAGACAUCAAUUAAGACCAUACCUUCAGAACAUUUAGAAGUUAAUUUGCCUGUGGACAUUUGUGAAAUGGCUAAAUCAAUUAGUUGUCAAAAAUUUUCGGGGUACCCACAUGAAAAUGGAGAUAAAUUUAUAAAUGAAUUUAAUUCAUAUGCAACUUUAACACCUUCCCGUUCGCAUCGGUACUAUCGUACCGAUGACUUUUAUAACGUCAUCCAUUAAUUUCAAACGCAUUAAAAUGCCCUUUAUAUGCAUCUCAGAAAUGAAAAGUAGAUAUCAAUGGAACAAGUGAUUUCUCUAUUUUAUAGUCAUAUAAAUUUUAUUAUAAUUAGUUAAAGGUUAAACAGAACCACACAGUUUUUGUUGGAAAAACGUCAGUUAAGAAACUGCAGAAAACGGCGUGAAAUUUCUUCACGUUUUCUGUAAAUAAACUACUCAAAGUCAAAAACGAAAAACUCUUGGUGUUAAAAGGAUUAUACCAAUAAAAAGCGGAGAUCCCAAAAAGAACUUGGAUGUUUUCUUUUCUCUUUAUCAUCUUUUUUAAGGAAACCAAGUGAGGACAAAUAUCAUACCUCGUUUUUUUUAACAUAAACGUUACAAUAUUUUUUGUUCGGCGGGGGGAAAAGGAUAUCUGUAUGCAUCAUAUUUUUUAAAUCAUACAAUAUCUAAAUCACUACGUUAAUUUCCUUUAUAAAUCAGUUUUUGUUUUGAAAAUUGGUGCAGCAGAAAUGGAAUUAUGGUGAAUUUAGCUGACCCUACUCAAAGCGAAAAAACGAGAAGCUUAAACAAAUCGUGACGUUUGAUUUUUUUUUUAAUCGUAACGUUAUGAAGUGAAUUGCAUAGACAGUCAGUGGUGCUAAAAUCAAAAUCCUACAUCGCUAGUUUUAAAAUUGGCUGAAAUUUAUACGAAAUAAACUCGUAAAGCGACUUGUGUUUCGCUUUCUUCGGGUGAUGUUCUAAAAAUAGAAUCGGUAUAUUAUGGGAUGCUGACAGCGACAUCUAACCAGACAUGGACGCUCCAAACGCUAUGGCCGUGGAAGUUCCAAGUGGUGAAAACUAUGAUUUUGAUGGCUAUUUUGAGCCAUAUGAAGGCUUUGACCUAGGAAUGUCAGAGGAAGAAGAGGACUUUCUUGAUGACAUUAUGACUGAUCCUGAUUAUGUGCAGUUAGAUGAUGACCAUAUUGAAAGUGCUGACUCCCAGGAUUCAAGUUUUAUGGGAUCUCAGGAACCGCUUGGUAGCAUCUGUUGGCAGGAUGAGACGGUAGAUGAUGAACAGUGCCCUGACAACAAACAAACCCAAUUUACACCCAAUCUACCACCAGGGGUAAAUACAGGGAGACUGAGAAAGAAUUCCCUUAAGACUAAAACACCUAUGGAUUUCUUGAGGUUAUUUCUAACAUCACAGCUAAUAACAACCCUGUGCAUUGCAACCAAUCACUUUGCUGAGUCUCUUGUUAAUAAAGGCAAAUUCACCUCCUAUGCCCAGCCGGAUGGAACUUGGUGCAGAGUGACAGAGGAAGAAAUGUAUAAGUUUAUAGGUAUUAUCAUAUACAUGUCCUUCACAAAGAUGUCCACUAUGGAUAGAUAUUGGGCCUCAAACUACUUGUAUCGUUUCAAUCCUGUGCCCCUCCUACUUCCAAAGAGACGUUUCCAGUCCAUCCUGGCGUUCCUACAGAUAGCACCUCCAGCAGACAUUGAUAAAAGUGACAAACUCACUCGAAUUACACCCCUUCUAGAUCAUGUCAACGCAGUAUCCCAGGAAUUGUUCCAACCCUUUCGUCAAAUAGCAGUAGAUGAGAGAAUGGUUGCUUCAAGACACAGAUUUUCUGGAAUACGCCAGUUUAUAAAAGAUAAACCUGUGAUGUUUGGCUUAAAGUUGUGGAUACUUGCUGAUACUCAAACUGGAUAUACCUAUAAUUUUUAUGUGUAUUUAGGUAAAAAACGGUCAGAAAUUAUUGACAAGGGAAAGGGUUUAGCUUACAAUGUUGUUUUCAAACUUAUAUCUCCUCUGUUGAAUCAAGGCUAUCACUUAUUUGUAGAUAAUUUUUAUACAUCAUUGAAUUUGAUUAAAGACUUGCUAGCCAAAUCCACCUAUCUCAUAGGUGCGGUACACAAAAACAGUACAGCAAUGCCACUGUGUUUCAAAACAUCUGUUGAUCAGUGGGAAAAAGCUACAAGUAGAGGCGAUUUCAGAUGGCAUAGACAAGAUGGAUAUGUAACUGUACAGUGGAAAGAUUGUAGAACUGUUACGAUUGUGUCUCCAAUUCAUAAAGGCUCAGAUGUUACAUCAUGUGUACGUACUGUUAAACAUAGAACUGGUUUUAAGAAAACCAAUGUGUCACAGCCUGUUGUUGUAAAUUCUUAUAAUCAAGGUAUGUUAGGUGUAGAUAAGAGUAAUCAAUAUGUCACACAGUUUCUUCAUAUUUGAGAACUAAAUUUCAUUGGUGGGAAGUUUUAUUUUUUCACUCCAUUGACAUUAUGAUUGUUAAUGCCUUUGUAUUGUAUAAGCAAUCAGCUAGUAAUUUGCCAUCUCAUUUUGGACAACUUGAAUUUAGGGAAUGUAUUUUCCAAUAUAUAUAUGAUAAAUAUGGAAAGCAAGAAAAGAUAAAUGAAAAUCAAUGUUUACCUGUUGUUACUGAUAAGAGAGUAGAUUGUGUGAUGUGUAAUGCUAAAGCUAGUAUACAGCGAAUUCCUUUGCCAAGCAGGAAAACCUUUAUCAAAUGUGAACAGUGUAAUGUUGGUCUUUGUCUUAACAAAGAAAGAAAUUGUUUCAAGUUGUGGCAUAAUGGAAGUGAUGAGAGUGUUAGAGUUCAAGAUUGGCAUAGGAAGAAAGGUAACUACAGAAAGGUAACUACAGAAAGGUAACUACAGAAAGAGGAAAUAUGAGGUACAUCAAUGUUAAACAUAUACAGAAUUUACUGAUGCAGUUGUUUUCCCUAUAGGAGCAAUCUGUAUGUUCAUUUUCUGAAAUUGGAAAAUAUUUUUCAAAAGUUUAUUACAAAUGGAAAUCUCAAAAAUGUUACUUGAGUUUCUUAGAAUAUGUUGUUACUAACAAGUCAUGAUAGAAUUGCAACUGUAUUUCAUAAAAAAGGUGAUCAUCUCUUUUCAUUAAAUAAUAACUCACCAAUACUUUAUUAUGGGUAGCAACAUAUUGUUUUAAAAUCUAAUUCAGUUUUCAACAAGGACAAGAUAAAUUAAGGAGUUGAUAAGUAAUUAGUUGACUUUGUUGAAAGGAGCUUAUAAGAGAGGUGGUUACACCAAGAACAUGUCUGUAAUAAAAUAAUGGAUUAUCUCCCUUGUUUUGUGCACUUCGGUAUGAUAACUCCAUAUACAUAGGUACAUAACUUUAUCAUUCAAUUUUUAUUUACUUUUUCCAAAAUAAUGUAUUUGGUCCAUCAAUGAAAAAAAAACUUAUAAAUCCAAUUUUUAUUUCAAACUGCUUAUUUCAAUGCUUAAUGCACAUCAAACUUUCAGCAAUGCUUAAUGCACAUGAAGACCCCCCCGAAGACCCCCCCCCCCCCCCCCCCCCCCCAAACCUCUAAAUGGUUUCAAAGCAGUGUAUAUUUUAAGAUGUUCAGCCUUUUGCUGUGCGGAAUGUAACAACGAAACUGUUUCUCUAUGUAAUAUAUUGAUUCAACAGAUAAAUUUCAUUAAAAAUGUUGGAUGAUACAUAAUGAUGCUAUGAAAAUCUGUAUUUUGUUGUUUUUUAGCCCACCAUCAUCAGAU